GAAAUGUCUGCAUGGGCUUGAACACUUUGGUUGUCCUAAUAUUGGACGAAAAAAAAAAAAAAAAAGGAACUAAGAAGUUCGAGCGGGAAAAUACCUUACAGCAGUUACAUCUGUUUAUUUUUGCUUUAUCAGAUUUUGUUAAUUGAGCAGUGUAGAAACACAUACCGAAUACAUGUAAACACAACUAAAUUACUUGUAUUCUGGUUUCUGUUAAGAAAAAGUUUAAAUAUUUUAGAAGAAACUAAAGUACACCACAGCUAUGGAUAAAAAGAAACCUUUCAAAGGCCCACCACCAAAAAGGUUUAAAUCAAAUGACGACGAUGAAGAUGACAUCGCGUGUACUUUCGAAGAACAAUUGGCAGGUAUGGAAUGUGACUUCGACAGCCCAGAAGUCUUUGGAGAUGGACCUGAAAAUCAGGUCACCAAUAUGAAAUGGUCUCGUCCAAGUCCUCCUGAAAUAAAUCCGAAAACUGACAGUUUAGUUUUUCAACAGUUCGAUAUUGAUCACUAUAACGGACAACCAUUGCAAGGUAUGCCUGGCUCUCAAUUAGCUCCUGUACCUAUAAUGAGAAUGUAUGGUAUCACCAUGUCAGGGCAUUCAGUUUGCUGUCAUCUGCAUGGAUUCACUCCAUAUUUUUAUGUUACUGUACCACCUAAUAAUUUUAAUGAAUCAAGUUGUAAUAAUCUUAAAACCAAUCUAAAUCGUGCAAUACUUGAGGAUCUCCGUUCUAAUAAAGACAAUAUAAGAGAAACAGUCUUAGAAGUGAAAUUACUCAAAGCUAAAUCUAUAAUGUAUUAUAAAGGUGAUGAUGAAUUACUUUUUGCUAAGGUGUCAGUAGCAUUGCCAAAACUAAUAGCAGCUGCAAAGAGACUUAUAGAUAGGCAACCCACUUCAUUUGGGUUAAUGGAUCCCUUAUUUUAUGAAACUAAUAUUGAUUUUGAUAUUCGAUUCAUGGUGGAUACUGGAGUUGUUGGUUGCAGUUGGAUUGAGUUACCUGCUCAUAAAUGGACUAUGAGGAGUCAAGAUAGUAAAUUGAAACCCGAGUCCAGAUGUCAAAUAGAAGUUGAUGUUGCAUGGAAUGCUUUUAUUGCUUAUCAACCAGAAGGUGAAUGGUCUAAGGUGGCACCAAUAAGAAUUUUAAGUUUUGAUAUUGAAUGUGCAGGGAGAAAAGGAAUAUUCCCAGAACCCAAUAAAGAUCCAGUUAUACAAAUUGCAUCAAUGGUUAUAAGGCAAGGAGAAAGUGAGCCAUAUUUAAGGAAUGUGUUCACUUUGAAUACAUGUGCACCAAUAGUUGGCUCUCAAGUCUAUAGUUUUAAAUCAGAAUCAGAAAUGUUGUCUAAAUGGUCAGACUUUUUUCGAGAAUUAGAUCCCGACAUUAUAACUGGAUAUAACAUUAACAACUUUGAUUGGCCCUAUCUUAUCAAUAGAGCUAAACAUCUGAAAGUAGAUAAAUUUGAAUUUCUUGGUCGAAUAAAAAAUGUCAGAUCAGUUAUUAAAGAUACAGUACUACAAUCUAAACAAAUGGGGCGGAGAGAAAAUAAAAGUAUAAAUUUUGAAGGUAGAGUUCCAUUUGACUUGCUCCUUAUUCUUGUUAGAGAUUAUAAACUAAGGUCUUAUACUCUUAAUGCUGUAAGCUAUCACUUUCUACAAGAACAAAAAGAAGAUGUUCAUCAUAGUAUAAUAUCGGACUUGCAAAAUGAAAAUGAACAAACUAGGAGAAGAUUAGCUAUGUAUUGCCUUAAAGAUGCCUAUUUACCAAUAAAACUAUUGAACAAAUUAAUGUGUAUCAUAAAUCAUAUGGAAAUGGCCAGAGUAACUGGUGUUCCACUUCUUUGUCUAUUAACAAGGGGUCAGCAAAUUAAAGUUGUUAGUCAGUUGCUGCGUAAAGCAAAAGAAGCGGGCUAUUUAAUGCCAGCUUAUCAUGGUCAGGGUUCAGAUGACCAAUUUGAAGGUGCAACAGUGAUAGAACCCAAAAAAGGAUAUUAUGCUGAUCCUAUAUCUACCCUUGACUUUGCUUCUUUAUAUCCAAGUAUAAUGAUGGCUCACAACCUUUGUUACACAACAUUAGUGCCCCCUCAUUUACAGAAAGAAUUAAAUUUGGAUUCAGGUGAUGUAACUAUAACUCCUUCAAAAAAUAUGUUUGUUAAAUCUAAUAUUAGAAAAGGUCUGUUACCUGAAAUCUUGGAAUCUCUUCUUAAUGCCAGGAAAAAGGCCAAAGCUGAUUUAAAACAAGAAAAAGAUCCGUUUAAAAGGUCAGUUCUUGAUGGAAGGCAAUUGGCUUUAAAAAUAAGUGCUAAUUCUGUGUAUGGGUUCACUGGGGCACAAGUAGGAAAACUGCCAUGUCUUGAAAUUUCUGGUAGUGUUACUGCAUAUGGCAGAACUAUGAUUGAAUUUACUAAAACAGAAGUGGAAAAGAAGUAUACUAAGGAAAAUGGAUAUAAAGAAGAUGCAACAGUCAUUUAUGGUGAUACUGACUCAGUCAUGGUCAAGUUUGGAGUCAAAACAUUGGAGGAAAGUAUGGCACUGGGUAGAGAAGCUGCUGAAUUUGUCACAGCAAAAUUUGUAAGCCCAAUUAAACUAGAAUUUGAAAAGGUAUACUAUCCAUAUCUUCUCAUCAACAAGAAAAGGUAUGCAGGGUUAUAUUUCACUAAACCUGAAACAUAUGAUAAAAUGGAUUGCAAAGGUAUUGAAACUGUGAGAAGGGAUAACUGUCCUCUUGUAUCCAACAUGAUGAGUACUUGCCUUCAAAAAUUACUCAUUGAUAGGGAUCCAGACGGUGCUGUAGCCUAUGCAAAGCAAAUUAUUGCAGAUUUACUUUGUAAUCGUACUGAUAUAUCACAGCUAGUUAUCACAAAAGAACUUACAAAAAAUGACUAUGCAAACAAACAAGCACAUGUGGAGUUAGCUAAUAAAAUGAAAAAACGUGAUGUUGGCACAGCUCCCAAGCUUGGAGAUAGAGUACCCUAUGUUAUAUGUUCUGCUACGAAAAAUACGCCAGCAUAUAUGAAAGCAGAAGACCCAAUUUAUGUUCUUGAAAACAGCAUCCCUAUAGAUUUUAAUUAUUAUUUGGAAAAUCAAUUAUCUAAGCCCCUACUGAGGAUUUUUGAACCAAUAUUAGGAGACAAGGCAGAGUCUGUAUUACUUAAAGGAGAGCAUACAAGAACUAAAGCUAUGGUUACAUCAAAAGUGGGUGCAUUGGCCGCCUUUACAAAAAAGAAAGAGAAAUGUAUAGGUUGUAAGGCUGUAAUGCCUAAUGAUACAAAGAAAGCUCUUUGUAACCAUUGUCUGGAAAAAGAAGGUCAAUUGUAUAUCACAGAAGUUUUUAAACUGCGACAACUACAAGAUAAAUUUUCACGCUUGUGGACAGAAUGCCAACGGUGUCAAGGUAGCUUACAUGAAGAGGUACUUUGUACAAAUAGAGACUGUACCAUAUUUUAUAUGCGAAAAAAAGUUGGAAUGGAAUUGGACACACAAGAAAAAACUGUUUUGAGAUUUGGUGAGCCACAGUGGUAAUAUGUACAUACAUGUAAUUGUCAAGUAAGAUUAAAUAAAAUAUUUGUUUACA